AUGGCCAAAAGAAUUGCCGAGAAGGAGUUGACAGACAGGAAUUGGGAUCAAGAAGAUGAAGCAGAAGAGGUGGGGACGUUCUCUGUGGCCAGUGAGGAAGUCUUGAAGAAUAGAGCCAUAAAAAAGGCAAAACGUAGAAACGUUGGACUUGAGCCUGAUAGUGGCGGAGCUUUUAAAGGUUUUAAAGGCCUGGUUGCGCCUUCUGGAGGAGGAGGUGGGUUUUCUGGGUUCGGGAAUGUCGUGGGAGUGAAGCCUUUAGGACUGUCCAAUGGAACUAGUGUCACCAGUGCUCCUGCCUUCACCAGCACUAAGGCAGCAGUGGAGACCAAGGCUGCUUUUGGUCCCGUUACUGCAAAUGGUCCUGCCUCCUUGGCCGAGAACAAGCCUUCCGCUCCCAGCACCAACGGCAGCAGUCAGCAGCCACCCUGCUUGGCAGCCAAGGCCACUUGCUACAGGAGCGCCUACCACAGGCAGUUAGCAGCCCUAAACUGCUCGGUCCGAGAUUGGAUUGUCAAGCACGUGAACAGAAACGCGCUCUGUGAUCUGACUCCUAUCUUCAAAGAGUACGAGGAAUAUUUAGCAAAUAUCGAGCGGCAGCACGGGGACAGUAACUCGGAAAGGGACACUGGCAAGAUGUUGGGUGAGGCCCAGCCAUCUCUGUUCAGUUCGACAAAAUCGCAGCAAGAGUCAACGUUUCUGUUUCAUGGCGGCAAAGCCGAGGCGGUGGCUGAGCAGAAGCCAGACCCACCCUCAGGAGCAACGGGUGCCUCGUUCAACUUCGGCAAGAAAAUCGACAGUGCCGUCCUGGGCUCACUGAGCGCAGGGCCCCUGAGCGGGUUCUCAUUCCCCUCUGGAAACACCAGCCUGUUGGGCAGAGACACUGCCCCCAGCAAAGCGGCCUCUUCACCAUUUACCACCAAACCCCCGGAGAGCCGCACGGAGCCUGGCAGCAGUGAGAGCAAAGGUGGAGACGAGGAGGAGAGUGACGAGCCGCCCAAAGUCGUGGUUACCGAGGUCAAAGAAGAAGAUGCUUUCUACUCUAAAAAGUGUAAACUAUUUUACAAGAAAGACAAUGAAUUUAAAGAGAAGGGCGUCGGCACCCUGCACUUAAAGCCCACAGCAAACCAGAAGACACAGCUUCUAGUGCGGGCAGACACCAAUCUAGGUAACAUUCUGCUCAAUGUUCUGGUCGCGCCCAAUAUGCCGUGCACCCGGACGGGGAAGAACAACGUCCUCAUAGUAUGUGUCCCCAACCCGCCUGUUGACGAGAAGAACACCACCUCCCCGGUCACCAUGCUCAUCCGGGUCAAGACCAGCGAGGACGCCGACGAGCUGCACAGGAUUCUGCUGGAGAAAAAGGGCGCCUGA